AUGCCGUUCGCCGUGACAGUGCCAGAUGGCUACGGCUACGUUGCCCUCCUCUCACUGGGAGUCGCUCCUCUCCUCUCCUUCGUCCAAGGUUCUGCCGUGACACAGUUGAGAAAGAAGGCCAACGUGCCGUACCCCAAUGCAUACGCGACGCCUCAGCAAGCCAAGGAAAGCCGCGACGCCUACAAGUUCAACUGCGCCCAGCGGGCACACUACAACCUUCUUGAAAACCUGCCUCAAACCAUGUUGUACAUGCUCUUUGCGGGCCUGGAAUAUCCAAAGGCCACGGCCGCUCUGGGCGCCGGCUGGCUGCUCUGUCGUGCCAUCUAUGCGUACGGGUACAUCACCAGCGAAAAGGAUGGAAAGGGUCGGAUGUACGGUGGUGGAUUCUGGUUGUUGCAGGGUGCUCUCUGGGCUUUGAGCGGUGCCACGGCUCUGAAGCUGCUGCAGUAG